CGUAGUCGGUCUGAGCCAUUAUUUUGUCCUCCUCAAGCUUUAAAUGAACAACAGGCUAAGCGCUCCCUGAAAUGAAUUAAAUAUUAAUUCACGGAAAGAGAUUUUUUUUUCUCCCUCCGUCCUCACCGAGAACAUACCAUGGAGCGUGUCGGUCAGUAGCUCGCUGUCUCGCCGGGCCUGCUCGGUCCUCCGUUGGGCUUGAAGGCCGAAAACGGUACGCGGGGUGACAGCCCCGUUAAAAGGCAGCAGUUUGGGUGUUUAUCUGCUCGGCUAGCUUCUCAGCUAGCUUCCUAGAGAGCAGCGACGGGAAGCGGCGAAAACUGCAAGGACUGAUAAGUUUGGAAAGACAGAGCUGUGACUGUCGCUCUGUCCGACCCGGCAGAAGGGAUGGCACACCUUGGAGACUUGCAGAACCAGAACACCAAGCUGGACCCGGAAGAGUACUUCACCAAGCAGGAGCGGAUUGGAAAGGGUUCUUUUGGAGAAGUUUACAAGGGACUCAACAACCGCACCAAGGAGGUGGUGGCCAUUAAAAUUAUUGACCUGGAAGAAGCCGAGGAUGAAAUAGAAGAUAUUCAACAGGAGAUCACAGUCUUGAGCCAAUGUGAUAGCCCAUUUGUUACCAAGUAUUAUGGAUCAUAUUUGAAGGGGACCAAGCUGUGGAUCAUCAUGGAGUAUUUAGGCGGAGGAUCUGCUCUGGAUCUGCUCCGCCCCGGACCUCUGGAGGAGACCUACAUCGCCACGAUACUGAGGGAGAUUCUCAAAGGCCUCGAGUAUCUGCACUCGGAGAGGAAGAUUCACAGAGAUAUCAAAGCUGCCAACGUGUUGCUAUCGGAGCAGGGCGACGUGAAGCUUGCAGAUUUCGGAGUGGCCGGCCAGCUGACAGACACCCAGAUCAAGAGGAACACGUUUGUUGGCACGCCGUUCUGGAUGGCGCCUGAGGUCAUCAAGCAGUCGGCUUAUGACUUCAAGGCCGACAUCUGGUCCCUGGGGAUAACGGCCAUAGAGCUGGCUAAAGGAGAGCCGCCCAACUCAGAGCUGCACCCCAUGAGGGUUCUGUUCCUCAUCCCCAAAAACCCCCCGCCCACGCUGGAGGGCCCCUACAGCAAACCUUUCAAAGAGUUUGUGGAGGCCUGCCUAAACAAAGACCCUCGUUUUAGACCCACCGCCAAAGAGCUCCUGAAACAUAAGUUUAUCACGCGUCACACCAAGAAGACGACGUAUCUCACAGAGCUGAUCGACCGAUACCGGCGCUGGAAAUCCGAGGGCCAUGGAGAGGAGUCCAGCUCUGACGACUCAGACAUGGAUGCCGACGGUGACGUUGAGCAGACUCCCCUGUGGAACUUCCCCACAGUCAAAUCUAUAAGCCAGCUACAGCAGGGCUACCCACAGCCGGACUCCGAGUCCGGAGAUUCUAUGAAACGUCAGCCUAAGUCACAGUGCUUGUCUGCUUUGGUAACGCCCAUAUUCAGAGAGUUGAAAGACAAGCGUCGGGCCAGUGGUGGUGGAGUAGGAGCCAUUGAGGAGCUGGAGAACGCCUUCAGCCUGGCUGAGGAGUCUUUCCCAGGCAUCUCUGACCGUCUGGUCACACACAUGAUGGAGAGAGUGUGCAGGUUUACUUUAAAUGGUAACAUGACUCCAUCUUCACGGUGAAACCCCCUACUGGAUGUAACGUGACCCAGCCUGGUUUUUUUUGUUUUUUUCGUCCGUCUGUCCAUGAACACAACAGCUCUGACGACCACAAACCAACCACCUGUCGUACCACUGCCACCUUCCCCCCCGACUACACCCUGAAAAAGAUCUUAUAGUUACAAUUAAAUAUUUUUACAGUUUUUCUUUAAGAACAAAGAGUAUUUAACACUAAAACAAAAGAAAAAAAAAAAGCCAUGCCAUUUAGACCGUUGUGUAUACCUGUUAGUGAGACGAAAUCUGCUAUAAUAAAGACUAUUGAAAAUGA